AUGCCUUGCUCUUUCCGACGCGAAGCUCCGUCAGCUGACCAGAAUUCUGCCUACCUCACUUCUCUGCGUCUGCUUCUGCUUCUGCGUCUCUCACCUCAACACCAACAACUACUUUCUGCCUUGCAUCAACACUUCUAUCAGCUCAUUGACGCGUUCAAGAUGAAGCUCACCACCGUUCUUGCCGUCUCCACUCUCGUGGUUGGAGCAAUCUCCCAGAACUUGUCCGCUAUCGACACCACCGUCGACAGCUCCCAUCACAAACACGAACAUGACCGCAUCUACGUCCGCGGUGCCAUCGCCAAGGACUGCCUCAACGCCAACUUCGGCCACCGCCAAAAGGUCAAGCACAACGUGUGCCACACCUACGAUGAUGGCUUCCACACUCUCAAGGCCAGAGUCGUGCUCGGCAAGGACUCUACCAUUGCCGCCAAGGAUUGUGCUCUCGUCGCCUUCACCGACAUGACCUGCCAAGACGACGGUUUGAUCGUCCAGAUGCUCAGCCACGACGAGGACGCUUGCCACGAAGUCGAUGAAGAUGACAUGUACUACUCUGUCCGCUGGGUUUGUGACUCCGCCAUCAAGCAGAAGUGGCUCGACGACUACGACAACUCGGCCUCUAUCAUCACCAGAGAUGUCUCCAACACCAUGGACAAGGGCGUCAAGGGCAGAGUCAAGGUCUGGCCUGCCGACAACGAGGACUGCAACUCUCCCAACAAGCGCAAGUCCGAGAGCUUCAACCAUGACGACUGCCAGCACUUCAACAACGGCUUCAGAUCCAUCCGUGCCCAGGUCGACUUCCGCAAGCAGAAGCACCCUCAUCGCUGCGCACUCCUGGCCUACACCGACCACAAGUGCAAGGUCAACCCUGUCUACGUCGUCGAUCUCUACGACACCGCCGGGCUCAACGUCUGCCAUGAUGUCAACCUGCAGCAGAACGACUCUCACCUCAUGGCUGGCCAUUCAGUCAAGUGGAUCUGCGACGACCUGCUCGAUGAGUUCAUCGACAACACUCCUCAGGCCAAGGUCGAAGACACCACCUCCACUGUCAUCGCCGAGUCUGUCAACCCCACCUCUGUCACCACCGUCACUGUCGGUUGCACUCUCACGACUGAUGUCCGCUUCAGCACCACCGCUUCCUCCCACGUCACCACCGAGACCAGCGUCUCUACUCACCUCGCCACUCACUUCCGCGUCGUCACGCACAUCCAGUCUCACACGAUCCCUUUCAGCAGCACCUACAGUGUUUGCGACGUUGAGGUUUCCACCUUGUACUGA